CCAUCCCCCAUCCACCCUUUUGACACUGCCCUACCAAAGCCGUGGUUGUGCGAAGUGAAUGACGUCUCUGAAUUUGCGGGCCGCCGACGCAGGGCUGGGUUUCCAUUUUCAUAGCGAGUUUCGGGGGGGAUCGUCAACAUGGAGCCGGAGAUGGAGGACAAGACGGUGGAACUGAUGAACACACCAGGGAUGGAGUCACAGAACCUCAUGGAUGACCUGUCGCCAAAGAAGAAUACAGUUAUCAAGCUUAGUAAUGGUCCCGUUGUGGGUUCACGCAAGCGUCCGUCAGAAGGGAACUACGAGAAGGAGAAGGAACACUGCAUUGCCCUGUUUGACCAGUGGUCAGAGGCAGACCAGGUGGAGUUCGUCGAGCGCCUGAUAUCCCGUAUGUGCCACUACCAGCACGGCCACAUCAACUCCUACCUCAAACCCAUGCUGCAGAGGGAUUUCAUCACUGCAUUGCCAGCCCAAGGCUUGGAUCACAUAGCAGAGAACAUCCUGUCCUUCCUGGAUGCCCGCUCGCUGUGUUCAGCAGAGCUGGUGUGUAAAGAGUGGCAAAGGGUUAUUUCUGAGGGUAUGCUGUGGAAGAAGCUCAUUGAACGUAUGGUCCGAACCGACCCGCUUUGGAAAGGCCUGUCUGAGAGACACCAAUGGGAGAAAUAUCUGUUCAAGAACCGCACACCAGAAGUCCCACCCAAUUCGUACUAUCACUCCCUUUAUCCUAAGAUUAUUCAAGACAUAGAGACUAUUGAGGCUAAUUGGCGAUGUGGAAGACACAACUUGCAGAGGAUUCAGUGUCGCUCAGAAAACAGUAAAGGGGUUUACUGUCUCCAGUAUGAUGAUGACAAGAUUAUCAGUGGCCUUAGGGACAACUCCAUCAAGAUCUGGGAUAAGCAGACACUGGAAUGUCUGAAGAUACUGACCGGUCACACGGGCUCAGUACUAUGUCUCCAGUAUGAUGAGAGGGUCAUUGUCACCGGGUCUUCUGACUCUACUGUCAGAGUCUGGGAGGUGACGACGGGUGAGGUACUGAACACACUGAUCCACCACAACGAGGCGGUUCUUCACCUGCGUUUUGCGAACGGUCUGAUGGUCACCUGCUCUAAGGACCGUUCUAUUGCAGUCUGGGACAUGGCCUCGCCAACCGACAUAAGCCUACGCCGCGUCCUGGUGGGACACCGGGCUGCAGUCAACGUUGUUGACUUUGACGACAAAUACAUAGUGUCCGCCUCAGGGGACCGCACCAUCAAGGUAUGGAGCACCAGCACCUGUGAGUUUGUGCGCACUCUAAAUGGUCACAAGCGGGGGAUUGCCUGUCUACAGUACAGAGAUCGUCUGGUAGUCAGCGGUUCAUCCGACAACACAAUCAGGUUAUGGGACAUAGAGUGCGGGGCGUGUUUGCGAGUGCUGGAAGGUCACGAGGAGCUGGUGCGCUGCAUUCGCUUUGACAACAAAAGGAUUGUCAGCGGCGCCUACGACGGCAAGAUAAAGGUGUGGGACCUGCAGGCAGCCCUGGACCCACGAGCCCCGGCCAGUACACUAUGCCUGCGCACUCUAGUGGAACACUCUGGCCGCGUGUUCCGCCUGCAGUUUGAUGACCAGAGGGAAGAUCUCCUUCCCGCACCUACACAUACAUUUCUAGAUAGCAGGUGGAGCCCUUCAACACUUCCUUUCUUGGAGGAAACCUAGGGCUGAUUAGCUGAUGGGUGCAUCUGUCGUGCAAAGGAGCCUAUCUUUUCUCCUCCCUCCUUGUCAUCUCUCUGUCCAUCUCCCACAGCUCCCUGCCUGUUCUGACAGACUCUAAGAUUGUGCCCAUUGCCUGACAGUACAGUGACAUACACACAGACCAACACUGAGGAUUCCUUACUACAGACCCAAUGCAACUCUCUCAACAAAUUCACCUUCUUUGACUAAUUUAUGUUUUGUAAAGUACACUAAUGACAGUAUUAACACAGACCGUAUAUAAGCCACAACUUCCCUUUUUGUCCCCUUGAUACGAACUUAAAGCGGCUCCUGCUCGUCAGUUUUUAAUCCCUAACAAAACAGGUUUCCACUGAUAUAAAAUCGCUUAUAGGUAUAUAUUUAUAUAUAUUACACAGACGCACACAUACACAGUGGCACAGUUGGACAGAGGAUGACCAGAGCUGUGAUGUGGGAGAUAGAGACUCUUGACUCGGCUCUAGGAAAGAAGGGAAGGACGGGAGACGGAGGGAGUGAACUGAGGAGAAAUGUGUCGGGGAUAACCUCGACGCUCUCACACUCCUCCUCGCUUCUCUGCGUCUCUCUCUCUCUCUCUCCAUCCCCCACACCCACCCCCCCUCGCUCCCCCUCCUACCAACCCCCCAGAGAUGCACACUUGCUUGGAAUUUGGGGGCGCACACGCUCGAAAGUGUGUGUUUGCAUUUGUGGACUUUGUGAAAUGGCAGAACAGAGCAGAAGCAUCAGACAUGCAUGUGAGGUUGCCGUGGAUACAGCAUCCUGGUACACCUCUGCUUUUUUUUUUCUCUUUAACUCUUUCUUACUGUUUUUUUUUAUUAUUGUUAUUUUCUAAUUUUAUUUGAGUAUUUUGGUUCUUAGUACAAAAAAAUCAUACUACUAAGCCUAGUCCUUUCGCCUCCCUUUUUCUCUUACUGUCUUUCUCCAGUUUUUUUUUUUUCUUCUUACUUCAACCCAUGUUCAUCUGUCCCUUUCACGUCAUCUUUCUCUCCGAUCAUCUACAUGCUUGCUUUGGUUAUGAGAGAAGCUGGAAUUCAAGAGCUCAAAUUUAGCUGUAAACGGAGUUGUCUUGUCAAAUUGUGUUGUAUAUUAAAAUGAUUUUUUAAAGAAGAAAAAUGACCUUAUUGUGAAUAAAGUACUUGACAGUGGUGGAGUGUUGAGCCAACUAUAACAUGAAUGAGUGUCUUAAGUGUCUAUCUGUUCUCGUCUGUGUGCAUGUGUGAGUGGUUUUGUGUUGUGUACUUUGCCAUGUGACCAGUGUAUACAACAAACCGUAUGGUUUUAAAUAUCUUCUUUGUUCUUUCAACAGUAUUGGGAAGUAGUACUGUUUGCAUGGCAAACAGUGGAGUUAUUGAAAUUUAAUUUCCUUUUUAUUUUUUGAUGAUUAUUUUUUAAUGUGGAACGUUGCUAACAGCAACUAAAUUAAAAUGUGGUCACUAUUGAGGGAAUGUACUAGAAAAAUUCAGGGGAGGUGAUGCCAAGUUCAGAAUAUCUCCCCAUGAAAUGCCUCAUGUUCAGGACCAGAAAUAUUUCUCCAUUUGGAUUGAAUCCAUUGAGUAUGCGGUAAUCUUUGUCUUGUCACAUGUGGGGGUUGUGAUCAUUAACAUCAAGUUUUAAUGAAAAUGUUCUGUUCUCAUCUGUGAAAACUGACCAAGUCUGAAAAAGUGCGCUUUGGUUAGUUUUGAAAUUUUUGUAACUUUUUUACGAACCACAUGUCAAGUCACUGAUUUAAGCAAAAGGGAUUUAUGUUUAAACCAAAGUUAAUAUAAAAAAAACAAAAACAAUGUUGCAAUAAACUGACAUGCCACUCCUAUGCACAGUCCUGUGGGACUAGUAAUCAGCAAAAACUUAGCCUUUGGUUGUUUUUUGGUCUGUUUCUUUAAAGGAGAAACUGUGAAUGUGUCAGUGUGGCAACUUUGCCGCUGUUCUGAAAAUGACCACUAGAUGGGAGUGUUGACUCACUUUCUCUCGCAGGGGAAAUCUGUUGGAGGCUUUGGCUCUGACUGUUGGUUUGGAGUUUGGUGUAUAAACAACCUGUUGCAGAGGAUUGCGUACGCAGUCCUGUAAACAGUGUCACUGUGAUGACGCCAUGUGUGUUUGGAAUGAUGUGAGCUGUACAUUUUCUAGCAAAGCUCCGUGUUGAAUUGACUCUACUGUACAUUUUUCCAAUUAUUCUUCAGUGUGUAUUCUUCAUAACAGGAGGUGGCCUGCUCAGAGGGUGUGGGGUUUUUUGGGGGAUGUUCAACGUUUCUGGGUUUACUUCUGUAUAGUAAAAGGGUUCAGAUUCUGGGAAUAAGUAAUGUGGGAUGGAUUUGUGCUUGGUGGAGCACCAUUAAUAUAUGAUGUGUGUAUGUGUUGGAUAUGGGUGUGUGUGCUUCCUCUGGGUCUGUGGGAUUCUGGCCCAUAAUUCCUGCAGCUCUCAGGUCACAGCGCUGUUCUCACGCACAUAUUUGGCAUUCCUUCCCCGACAUGAUUACCAUACACCUUCCACUCUGGGUUUGGCUACGCGGAAUAUUUCCAUCAUUCCCGAGCUGAACUGAAGCAACGUUCCAGAAGUGAACAACUCAGCCCUGCACCGCCACCCCCUACUCACUCUUCUUUAUCCCACACCCGCUUUCCCUCCCACCUCAGUGUCUCCUUAUACUGUCCCCCCACCCCCUUCUGUUGCAGAUUCCCGCUGGCUUGCAAUAAGAAUCCUCUGGUACAACCUUUUUUCCCCCUGAGUCAGCUGUUUGUGUCUGCCGACACGAUUGGGUCAUUUGGCAGCGACAUCUUUUCAGUGACCUCCCGCUAGGAUAGGGAAGGAAGGAGUGGGGGGGGGGGUGGUGAGGGGGAUGAGAAGGAGAAGCAGUUAUAAAACUUUGUGUCACUACUGCAUUUCACCUCUACUUUUCAGCCGGAUCCUUCGUUCUGUAUCGGUGGAAAAGAUUCAGUUUUUCUGAUGCGUCACAUUUUUACAGGGCUUCUGCGUGAUACUGGUAAUACUGGUUUCUUUUGUAUUUCCAGUGCUAUUCUAUAACGUCCCAGUUGCUGUGUUUGUUCACAAGAACCAUGAAAACCAGAGACAUUGUCCAACUGUGGCCUUCAAGUGUUUGCACCAUGGCUCUACCUUCUCGUUCAUACAAUGAAUUUCUGUUCACAAAUUCACGCCCACACCUGCUUGGAGGCACAAAGUGAGAUUCAUACCAUUGCUUGAAUUUGUCCCAUUUUUCUCAGAAGGCCUUGAUUCAUGUUUUAUGCAGCUUUGUGGUGAUUCAUGAGUGGGUGACGAUGCAAUGUAAUUAAUAGCAGCAAAAAUUCAUCUUUCUUUGUUAAAAUGAAUGCAUACAGUUAAUAAGGCCUAAUAGGGUUGGGCAGUAUUGAUACAUUUUAUCAUGGUUACGUUUGUUUGUACAGUACUGUGCAAAAGUCUUAAGGCAACCAUCAUUUCAUCAGAUUUUGCUCCCACUAAGCCAAACCUUCUUGUAAUCUUUUAAAAUGGUCAUAAACAACUAUUUUCCUGACUUUCAGAGUUUUUCUUUAUAUACUGAACUCAAUAAAACAUGUACCAUUUGUCUGUGAAAUAACUUGUUUCUGACCAUUAAUUAUUC